CUUGUCACAUGAUCACGCCAGGUUAAAGCCGACUGGUCCGAGAGAAAAGCAAGAGGAACUGAAAAGAAUUAAAAACACACACACACAAUCACUGCUAAUUUUAUCUUUCGGUUUCAGGGUGAUAAAGGAAGUGUGCGGCGGUUGCAGUCGUUUGUUUGUGUUUCUGUGUCUGGGUGUGUGUCUGCGCGCAUGAUGUUUCAGUAGAAACCCCGCCCUCGUGAGUGAGUAUGGAGUUUAAAUAACUCCAUAAAGGUUCAUCAGGAACGCAGAGCUCACACUGAGUGAUCAGAUCAGGAGGGAGACUGUGCCAGUGCGAGCGCGCUAUCAUGGGUGAACGCACCCCGCUGUUGCAUUACCGGCUCUCGGCGAGCGUGCACGAGGACUCCGGUGAGCAGCGGGCGCGCGAGGAGUCGGCGGCGGUGCUGAGGCGGAGGUCUGCUCAUGGCCAGCCGCAGAAACUCUCCACCUUCUUCGGGGUGGUUAUUCCCACUCUGCUUUCCAUGUUCAGCGUGGUGGUGUUCUUAAGGAUCGGAUUCGUGGUGGGACAGUGUGGACUGUACCAGGCUGUGGUCAUGUUCUUGGUGGCGUAUUUCAUUAUCAGCAUGACUGUGCUCUCCAUCUGUGCCAUCUCCACCAACGGAGCUCUGGAUGCUGGGGGAGCUUACUACAUGAUCAGUCGUGCUUUAGGGCCAGAGUUUGGUGGCAGCAUCGGGAUCAUGUUUUUCUUCGCCAAUGUAUGUGGCAGUGCCCUCUAUGUGCUUGGGCUAGUGGAGGCCAUUCUCGCAACCUUUGGACGUCCUGAAGAUGGAUUAAGCUAUGCCCCUCAGUACGCGGUGAUGCCAGUUGGUUAUUGGUGGUCUCUGCUGUACGCCAGUGUUAUCCUGCUCCUGUGUGUGUUGGUGUGUUUGAUUGGUGCUCAUAUCUACGCCAAGGCCACGUUCCUCAUCUUCAUGGUGGUGAUGGUGGUACUUUUCACCAUCUUCAUCAGUUUCUUUGCUGUCAGACCUCGCAAUAUCCCGCUGCCGAGCAUGCUGGGAAACUCUAGCUCUGCCCUCACCACUGCCAACUUCACCGGAUUCAAACUUGACACGCUGCUUGGAAACCUCAAAGCCGAUUAUACAGUGGACUACACCACAGGAACGACCAUGACGUUCGCCACUGUGUUUGCAGUCAUGUUCAACGGAUGUACUGGAAUUAUGGCUGGGUCCAACAUGUCGGGUGACCUGAGGAACCCAAGUUACUCCAUCCCUCGUGGAACGAUUACUGCGGUCAUCUUCACCUUCAUCAUCUACAACUUGCUGAGCUUAUUGGUGGCCUGCACUUGUGACAGAGUUCUGUUACAGCGGGACUACAGUUUCCUGCGGGACAUUAAUCUGUGGCGUCCGUUUGUCACCAUCGGCGUUUACUCCUCUACACUCUCAGCUGCCAUGAGCAACCUGAUUGGAGCCUCACGCAUUCUGUAUGCACUCGCCAGGGAUGACCUUUUUGGUAAAGUCUUGUCCCCUGCUAGGAAAACCUCAGGCAGUGGGAACCCCUGGGUCUCGGUUCUCAUCUCCUGGUUCAUUGUGCAGCUGGUGUUGUUCUCGGGGAAGCUGAACACCAUAGCGAGCAUCGUCACUAUCUUCUUCCUGUUGGUCUACGCUGCAGUGGAUCUGGCCUGCCUCGCUCUGGAGUGGGCCUCUGCCCCUAACUUCAGGCCCACGUUCCAUUACUUCACGUGGCACACGUGUGUGUUGGGUAUCGUCGGCUGUGGAGUGAUGAUGUUUCUAAUUAACGCCAUUUAUGCCUCGGCCAGCAUUGCCUUCAUGCUGCUCCUGCUGCUGCUCAUCCACUAUCUUAGUCCGACUAGUAGCUGGGGCUACAUUAGCCAGGCACUAAUCUUCCACCAGGUGCGUAAAUACCUGCUGAUGUUGGACGUGCGUAAGGAUCAUGUGAAGUUCUGGAGGCCUCAGGUGCUGCUGAUGGUGGCCAACCCUCGCACUAACAUCAGCCUCAUCACCUUCAUUAAUGACAUCAAGAAGAGUGGCCUUUAUGUUCUCGGACACGUUCAGAUCGGAGACCUGGCCAUCCUUCCUUCCGAUCCUCUGCAGUGCCAGUACGACUCGUGGCUCUCCCUGGUGGACCACCUGAACAUUAAAGCCUUCGUCAACCUCACGUUAGCAGACUCUGUACGACAUGGAGUGCAACACCUGCUCUUCAUCUCUGGACUCGGUGGUAUGAGACCGAACACUUUGGUUCUGGGGUUCUAUGAUGACAUUCCUCCUCAGGACCAGCUCCAAGAUCACUCAUUCCACUCAAGCAGAUCCAUGGAAAACCCCAUGUUUUCUGAAGAUCCAGAAGAUCCGCUUUUUCAUUUCCCUCCUCUCCGAGGCAGCACAGACGGAGCCUGGCAGGGGAAAGCGAUCAGCCCUCAGGAGUACAUCAGCGUGAUUGCGGAUGCUGUGAAGAUGCUGAAGAAUGUGGCUUUGGCGAGGUACUUCUGUCAGUUUGACCACACCCAAGCCCGUCAGGCCGCUGUCUUCGUGGACGUGUGGCCUGUUAACCUGCUCCGACCUGACAGCUGCUCUUAUGUCGACACAUGCUCGCUUUUCCUUCUCCAGCUGGCCUGCAUCCUCAACAUGACCAGGGUGUGGCACAAGGCCAGGCUCAGACUCUUCCUGUGCGUGGAGACAGGGCGGAGUCUGAAGGAGGCAGAGCGUAAGCUGGGCCAGCUGCUGAAGGAGCUCCGGAUGAAGGCGGACAUCUACACGGUGCCGUGGGAUGCUCAGGUGGCAUUGCACUGGCAGAGACGGAGCAACUCUCAAAAGGAUGGAAGAGAGGCAGAGGAUGAGGCAGAGCUAGAAGAGGAGGAUAUCCCGGAAGAGGAGUAUGCUAACGGUUACCACAGCAACGCUUCCCGCCUGACAGACGAUUACUUACUGGCUGUUAACAGGCUGAUCAGUGACCAGCCCUGCCCUCCCCCUGCUGUACGUUUCCUGUAUUUGCCCCGCCCACCUGCUGACACACGCCGCUACUGUGACUACCUGCAUCAGUUGGAGCUGCUGAGCCGUGACCUUGGGCCCACUCUACUUAUCCAUGGGGUCACGCCUGUCAUCACCACUGACCUGUGACUUUUUACUAGGAAGACAAAAUGUGUAUGGAGAACAGAAGCGUGGACGGAUGUGUGCAACACUAGUUUCACUGAAGGAAGGGGGGGGGGGGGGGAGUGGCAUGAAGUCUGUUAAAGCUCCAUUUCCUUCUCUUUUUUCCCUCCUUUUUCAAAAUCCUUUUCUUUACUUUUUCCCAUUCUUUUCCCCUUAUUUUCCUUCCUUUGAUUUUCCCCCCCUCCUUUGCCUUGUUUCCUUAAUGUGUUUUUCUUUCCUUUUUUUGAUUACUUUUUCUGUUUGCCCUUUGUCUUAUCUCUUCCCUCCCUGCGUCCUUUCAUUUGUUCUUGAUAUUUCCUGUUUCCCUCUUGAUCAUUCUUCACAGAGAUGGAGAGAUUGUAGUAUUUUGCAUUUUCCAGGAACAUGUCUGGCCUUCAAUGUUUUGGUUUUUUUUGAAAAUUCCUGGAAUAUAAUGCUAUAAUGCAUGCUCCACAUGUACGGUUUUGUCAAUAUUCCAUCCUUCACUAGAACAAUCAACUCUGCAUUACACAUCUUGGCAGUUUAACAAAAUUAAAAACAUCUGUUUAAACUCGCAUUUAUAUCUUGGUUAUAAAUCCUCCAUUUUUGAAUAAUUUUUACUGAGUAAAAUGUUAGUUUUUACUAAAUGAGGUAAACUUUGUUCUGCACACACGGGGUGUAUGAUCAGGACGAUCUGUCUACGUCUCCAACAAUUAGAGUUCAGGAUCAACACAGAGAAGUGCAAUGAAUGAAUAUUUCUGUACACCAGAGUUGUGGUGAAGGGGACACACCCAGCGACGCUGUGCAGGGUUGGGUGGGGGUGUGUUCCAGUUUCAUUCCUUCAACAAUUACAGCGACAUUUCAAAUUGCAUGAUUUUUAUAAUUUAUAAACUGUCGUAAAGUAGUUUUACUAAUUCAGUGAUCUGAUGUUAAACAUGUUGUAAUGGUUUGUACCUCAUUAUAAAGCACUUUAAAGUUGGUUGAAAAUCCAUAUUAUAAAGAAUUGGGUAUAAAGCACUUGAUAAAACUUGACUGAUUUUAUUUCUUAUUUAACUUGCAUCCUGACGUACACUUGGGUUGAGGACAAUCAAAUUCCAUUUAAAAUGUAAUUAAACACGUGUCACAUCGACAUUUCGCACAAACUAUAGCUUUAUGAAUGUUAUUUGACAAAUGACCAGUGCUGCACAAAAUUGAUGCAUCCAGAAUUGAGUUGUACUAAAAAUACAGAAACAGCAAAUUUUUUGUAAACGUUUGUAUUUUAGUAUGAUAGAUUUUUCUUCAUGACUCAAUUCUUUAACCAAUUUCAAUUGAUUUUGUUCAAAAUUAGUUUGAAGCUAUUGUUAAUUUGUGGUGAUUGCUCAUUGUCAAAUAAGGUUCAGGAACAAUUUACACAUGCUGUUUUUUUCUGAAAUAAAGUUGUUGUUUUUUUAACAAAUUUAAGCAAUGUACAAAAUAAAUUUCUCUCAAACAUUUCAGCUAAAUUAUUUUUAAAAAGAUGACUAAUUGAUUCUUAUUGAGUAGUUACAACUGAAUGACUAACUUUUUUCAUAGUCUUCUUAUUGUGGUGACUACACUUAAAUGUGGUUCUUGGUUUCACGCUCCACACGUGCUGGUUCUGUGAUGUGUCUCUUUUAAAGCUGUGACAUGUUUUCACUUACAGUGCACUUAAACACUUCCUGUUUUUUAUUUAAUGAAAAUUACAGCCAGUGUUCAGCCGCUCAUGUCACGCUGCAGCUCUGAAAGUACAAGCAGAAGCUCCAAAAUGUUCAUUUUGUGCUCCACAGACUCGGAACAACGCAGAGACACUUUUUACACAUCUCUCCUGUUUAAAGUUUCCCACAGACAGAGACUGCUAAAGUAACAAAUGUAUGCAUCUCUUUGUAGUAUUGGAUGAAUGCUGACUGACUUUUUUUUUUUUUUUAAUAAAGUCAGAAUAGAACUUGGGAGUAAUCUGUGAAAUGUAAUAACAGAACAAAUCUGAAAGCAUGAAUGAGUCUUGAUGGUGAUGUUUAAAUGAUUUUCACGAGUGCAUUUUGUUUUCCCAGUGUUUGUUGAAGAUAAAAAAUACUUUACAGGUUUGAGUAGCUUCACACUUGGAUUUAUUAAUUUGUGCGUUAAGUUGGAGAAAACAUGAAUAGUGUCCAGCACAUGCUGCAUAUUUUGGCUUAAAAUUUAACUCCUGGUGCUUUUUCGUUAGUUUAACACAUUAUGUUUGAAGUUCAGUUCAAUUGUUAUUUACUGAAUUAAUGAGCAUUUAAGUGAUAAAUUUCAACAUGAAUAAACUAAUUUAGCACAAGUUACUCACUACUUUCUUUGCUUCCAUUUUUUUCUUUCUUCUGUCCUUUCUUCCUCUCCCAUGCUCCCUUGUUAUCCUACUUUUGCUUCCAUUCUUUCAUCAUCCCCUGCUUCCCUUUCUUUCAAUGUUAAUGAAGUACAUCUGUGUUAAUGUUUAUUCAGUGCCUAACUAAAAAUAGUUGCUUAAAUUAGCAUAAAUUAAAUGUUAAUUUCCUGAACUCCAGUCUUGUGUAAAUAUUAAACCUGAUUUUCAGCCUCAUUUCUGAAUUCUAAUUCUAAGUCCUAGAAGUUGCUCAGUGUGACAUGUUUUACACAAUGAUGCAAUGAACAAAUUUGGGUGUAAAUUAUUUAAUAUAAAUGUUCAUAAAUGUUUUGUUAACUAAAUUGGUGACAUGAACUUUAAAUUAAAGUGAAACUUUUGUUUACUGAAUGUUUUUGAGUGGUCUUGAAACCAAAGUGUGUGCAUGUGAGACAGUAAUACAAAAAAGUUCUGUAUCUUUGCUACUACAAUAUACUGAAUUUAUGACAAAAUCGUGUUAACUGACAUUUACUUUCAGAUGCACUCUACUCAUGUAGAAAUUUUCAUAAAGAAUUAAAGAAUGUUUUGUUUA